AGCGGAGAGCAGGGUUACUUGAUAGACAGGGCACUCAUCUCUUUAAGAAAGCCCUUAAGAGAAGAGCAGCACAGAUAACAGCAACUUGAUCAUAAUAUCAAACAGACCAUGAUGGAUUCUAACUUCAGAGGCACCUUGUGGAUGACCCUCGUCCUCUUCACACUGCCACACCUCACCUGCAACCUGCUCUGCCCUGACAGCUGCAUGUGUGAUUUUAGAGGUAAUGUCAAGUGUUCCGGCAACAGCAUCAGUGAUAUACCAAAGCAUCUGCCCGUCAACACAAACUUCCUGCAGCUUGUUCACACAAACAUGGCAGUCAUAAAUGAGCAGAGCUUGGCAAACCAUGAGCUCCUGUUGCGUUUCAGACUGACUAACAGCGGUCUACACACUAUCCAUCCCAGAGCCUUCAACGGUGCUCCACAGCUCAAGACUGUCAUGCUGUCGUUCAAUGCUCUCUCUACCCUCCCGGCUCGGGUCUUCAGUCCACUGACCACUCUGGAGCAGCUGUUUUUAGAUGGGAACCAGUUGGAGACCAUAGCUACGGAUAUGUUUAAAGGACAUGUCGGGUUGCUGGAACUGGUCCUGACCCGUAACAGACUUAGCAGUCCUGCUGCAGAUGUUUUUGAUGGACUGAUCAACCUCACCUUACUAAACCUGGGCAGGAACUCCAUUAAGAAGUUGCCACCAACCAUCUUUAAUGCCUUGACUAAUCUCCAAGAGCUCAAUAUCUAUUACAAUGAGAUAGAGGUUCUAGAAGCUGGAAUUUUUGAUGAACUUGUCAACCUUAGGGUGCUAAAAAUCCACCAGAACCAGAUAACCAGCCUCCCACCUCAGGUGUUCUGGCCUCUGAGGAACCUGGAAAUCCUGACCCUGUCCUCCAACCGACUUCAGGCGAUCCCGGAAAACAGCUUCUACAACAUGCCAAAGAUGAUCCAGCUUACCAUUUACAAUAAUCCGCUAUUAUCUCUACCAGACCAGCUUAUGGGUCCCAUGCCUCACAUGACAGACUUUUAUCUGUAUGGCACCAACCUCACCACUGUUCCGGGAAAUUUGUUCAGCAACAUGUCCGGACUCCAGAGCCUUAACUUCCAUUUGAAUGACAAGCUGAGAGAGUUGCCCUCAGACCUCUUCUGCUGCGUUCCCAAGCUUCAGAAGCUCUCGUUGAAAUCCAACGACCUCCAUUAUCUACAUCCUCAGCUGUUGUCCGGACUCACCACACUGAACAAGCUAUUUCUUAAUGGCAAUAAGCUGCAGAGCCUGCCUGAUAAUAUUUUUCAGGGCCUUGAACAGGUUUUUUCAGUUGAUUUGAUGAAUAAUGACCUCAAGACACUUCCAGGAGAUAUUUUCUUGUCAAACAGAGUUUUAGAGGGUCUUACUCUGAGUGGCAACCCCUGGGACUGUGUUUGUAGUAUCAGAGGUAUUGCCAAAUGGAUAAAACAUAAUGAGCAUGUGGUUCUUGACAGUAAUGAUGUGAAAUGUCAGAGUCCGGCGUAUCACCUGCUCCGUACCGUUGGCUCCCUGCGUGAUGAGGACUUCAACUUUUGCGAUGGUACAAGAUUCAGGUCGCAAUAUUUUUCUACACAUGAGCCAACGAAACCAUUCCACACUUUUUCAACCAGUGGACAAACGUCAGCUGUAGCUUCAACAACCACAUCGCCAACAACAACAUCAACCACACCGCCCACAACAACAUCAACCACCAUUCAACUAGCUACCGAACAAGUCACCAUCCCAACAAACACUCCAACUACAAAACCAUCUGCCUCACAUACAACAACCCCACCAACAAGUCUCCAGACUCCCACCACCACUCAGCCUAACGAGGAGUCCCUUCUCAUCACCGAGACUCCCUUGUUUUAUUACAACUCACGUGCUUUCUAUGACACAUUGGUGGUUGAACAGGGGCCCGAAUUUGUUCACCACAAUGUCCACAAGGGCUCUGUGUACGUGUGGUUUCUGCCCUCGGAUGCAGCCUUGACCGGGCUCCUCAUGUUCAAUCACAUCCAUCUUGUGGCCACUGGCUUUUCCCUCAUUCUUGCUUCCAUUUAUUGUUUGAAUCGUCUCAACAAGAGCAUGGAUGAGCUGAAGGCUGGGUGUGAACAUCCUCCAGUGUAACAAAAUAUGUAAUCUGGCCUGGUGUAAAAUAGACUUUUCCAAAGGCUGCAUUUUAUAAAAGAUCCCUCUUAGGUGUAGGUUUUCUAGAUGUUAGGUUAAGUUGUAUCUUCAAGUGUUACUUUAAGACAGUCGGAACGGAUUGGAGUUUGUUCAUCAUUUUAACAUUAAUCAUAUAGAGCUUGUCAAAGGUGAGGAUGUGCUGUUUUUCUUUGAAACAAAAGUAAAUCAAAUAGCUUUGUGUUUGGUCAAAGGUGAUUUGUUUCCCUCUAGCGGUGAAGGCUUCAAACUGCACGAAGAGGCAUCACAACUCAAAUACAAUGUUUUGAUGUACUUGUGAGUAAUCAGGCUGAAUAAAAUGCA